AUUGAAGACCGUAACGGUACACAAAACCCACAGUUCGGUACAUAGUCACGGUUCAGUACGGUUUUCUUUACUGCAGAUGGCGUUUAUUAAAGAGGAGACUGAAGACAUGAAGAUUGAUUUUAUUAAAGAAGAGACUGAAGAAAUUAUGAUUAAAGAUGAGACUGAAGACAUGAAGAUUGAAGAAACAUUCAGAGUGAAACAUGAAGAUACUGAGGAACAAACAGACCUAAUGGCACUGAAAGAGGUGAGUCAUGAACUUAAUGAAAGGGAAGAAGAGAAAGAACAUUAUGAUGAACAUCAGGAUUUCAUGACUGGAGAAAGAUUGACGCUGGCUAAAAAGUCUUCCUUACAAAAAAGAGCUCAAAAGACAGGAACUAAAUGUUAUUUCACCUGCCAACAGUGUGGAAAGAGUUUUGAUCAACAUAGAAACCUUCAAGACCACUUGAGAGUUCACACUGGAGAAAAGCCUUACACCUGCCAACAAUGUGGACAGAGUUUUACUGUAAAAGGAAACCUUAUAGUCCACAUGAGAAUUCAUACUGGAGAGAAACAUUUCACCUGCCAACAGUGUGGAAAGAGUUUCAGUCAAAAAGGGAACCUUAUAGUCCACAUGAGAAUUCACAAUCAAGAGAAGGCUUACACCUGCCAACAGUGUGGACAGAGUUUCAGACAUAAAGGAAGCCUUGAAGUCCACAUGAGAAUUCACACUGGAGAAAAGCCUCACACCUGCAAACAAUGUGGACAGAGUUUCAGUCAAAAAGGACACCUUGUAGCCCACAUCAGAAUUCAUUCUGGAGAAAAGCCUUACACCUGCCAACAAUGUGUAAAGAGUUUCAGUCAUAAAGGAAGCCUUAUAGUCCACAUGAGAAUUCACACUGGAGAGAAACCUUACACCUGCCAACAGUGUGGAAAGAGUUUCAGUCAUAAAGGAAAGCUUGAAAUCCACAUGAGAGUUCACACUGGAGAAAAGCCUUACACCUGCAAACAAUGUGGAAAGAGUUUCAGUCAAAAAGGAAGCCUUAUAGUCCACAUGAGAAUUCACACUGGAGAGAAACCUUACACUUGCCAACAGUGUGGAAAGAGUUUUAGUGGAAAAGGACAUCUUACAGCCCACAUGAGAAUUCACACUAGAGAAAAGCCUUACACCUGCACUCUGUGCGGGAAUAGCUUUACACAGGAAAAAAGCCUCAGGCAACACAUGAAUAUUCACACUGGAGAGAAGCCUUUUACAUGUGGUCAGUGUGGAAAGAGUUUCAUAACUAAAGGUGACCUUAAGGGCCACAUGAGGAUUCACUCGAAAAAUAACUCUUUUAGAAGUCGUCACUGUGGAAAGAGCAGAGGUGUAAAGAGUACCUGAAUACCAUACUUGAGUAAAAGUACAGAUAUCUUACAGCAAAAAUUACUCCAUUACAAGUUACAAGUCACCAAUCUAAUACAACUUGGGUAAAGGUCUUAACUGUACUUAAAGCUGCUGUCUAACUUUUUUGUGUUCAAAAUGUACAAAAAUUAUAUAAUGAGAAUUUAUAACAUGAAUCCAUUUUCCAAACUGUGUUUUUGUCUAAUACUGAAUCAUUAUGGUAUACUUAGAAGUGUUUAUAUUCAGACUAUUUUAGACCGGUCUGGUAGAAACCACUAGUAACUGCGUGAACCGCCAUAGAUAUAAACGGAAAGAAGUAGCUCCGGCUACAAUGUUCCUCCACAGGAUGCAUGCUGUUUUGUUUAUUAACUGCUAGAGCGCCAAAGGUGAAGGAUUGCAGCUUUAAAAGAUUAGUUUACUUUCAAAUGAAAAUUAGCCCAAGCUUUACUCACCCUCACGUCAUUAGUAUAUGACUAAAUUCUUUCUGAUGAACAUAAUUGAAGAAAUAUUAAUAAAUAUCCUGUUGCAUCUGAGCUUUAUAAUGGCAGUGAACAGGACUCAAGAGUAUGAGUUGAAGAAGUGUUAGAUCCGUAAUUUGAAUAGGGAAGGUGUAGGACAUACAGCGCAAGCUUUUUGAAGAAUAAGGAAGGCGGAAGCACUUGCAAGGUGAUCAUUUGUGUUUAUAAAGUAUAUACAUU